CCUUUUCUGACUUCACUGCAAUGGAAAUCUUUUCUUAAGGGGUUCUCUGGAACUUGUCUUCAUGCGAUGCAGUAAAGAUGACAAUCAUUAGAGAUGCUCUGUCAACACUGACAAACACUGUGAUAGUGCCACAUUCUGGAUGGAACAGUUCUUCCUUUGACGAUGAUCAUAAAAUUAAAUUUCAGACUUCUCUAGUUCUACGCAAUACUACAGGAUGCCUGAGGAAUCUCAGCUCCGCAGGUGAAGAAGCCCGGAAGCAGAUGAGGUCUUGUGAAGGGCUGGUUGAUUCACUGCUAUACGUGAUCCACACGUGUGUGAACACAUCAGAUUAUGACAGCAAGACAGUGGAAAAUUGUGUGUGUACCUUGAGAAACCUUUCUUACCGCUUAGAACUGGAGGUACCUCAGGCACGUCUGCUAGGAAUCAAUGAAUUGGAUGACUUCUUGGGGAAAGAAUCACCUAGCAAAGAUUCAGAGCCAAGUUGCUGGGGGAAAAAAAAGAAGAAGAAAAAAAAAACUUCACAGGAGGAUCAGUGGGAUGGAGUUGGCCCUAUACCAGGAUUUUCCAAGUCUCCUAAAGGGGUGGAAAUGCUAUGGCACCCAUCUGUGGUAAAGCCAUACCUAACGCUUCUAGCGGAAAGCUCCAAUCCAGCUACUUUAGAGGGCUCUGCAGGAUCUCUCCAGAAUCUGUCUGCAGGCAACUGGAAGUUUGCAGCAUACAUUCGAGCUGCUGUAAGAAAAGAAAAAGGACUACCAAUCCUUGUGGAGCUGCUGAGAAUGGAUAAUGAUAGAGUUGUUUCAUCUGUGGCAACUGCCUUAAGGAAUAUGGCAUUAGAUGUUCGUAACAAGGAGCUUAUUGGUAAAUAUGCUAUGCGAGAUCUGGUUAAUCGACUUCCAGGAGGCAAUGGUCCAAGCAUAUUGUCUGAUGAGACUGUAGCCGCAAUCUGCUGUGCUUUGCAUGAGGUCACUAGUAAAAACAUGGAAAAUGCCAAAGCCCUCGCUGAUACUGGAGGAAUAGAAAAGCUGGUGAAUAUAACGAAAGGAAGAGGUGACAGAUCAUCACUGAAAGUUGUCAAGGCAGCCGCCCAGGUACUGAAUACAUUAUGGCAAUACCGAGAUCUCCGUAGCAUUUAUAAAAAGGAUGGAUGGAAUCAAAGUCAUUUUAUUACACCAGUAUCGACACUAGAGCGAGAGAGAUUCAAAUCACAUCCUUCUUUACCAACAACAAAUCAACAGAUGUCACCUGUCAUACAGUCAGUUGGCAGCACGUCCUCAUCACCGGCUUUAUUAGGAAUUAGAGAACCUCGCUCUGACUACGAUAGAAUGCAACCUUCUAUGCAGUAUUAUAAUAACCAAGGCGAUGUCAUUACACAUAAAGACAUAUAUACUGGUUCCAGCAAACCUUCACCAGUUUACAUCAGUUCCUAUUCCUCACCAGCAAGAGAACAAAAUAGACGACUACAGCAUCAGCAAUUGUACUACAGUCCAGAAGAUACCAACAGAAAAAACUAUGAUGCAUACAGAUUAUACUUGCAGUCCCCACAUAGCUACGAAGACCCGUAUUUCGAUGAUCGAGUUCACUUUCCUGCUACUUCAGAUUACACGACACAAUAUGGACUGAAAUCAACCACAAAUUACGUAGACUUUUAUUCCACCAGACGAUCUUCUUAUAGAGCGGAACAGUACCCAGGUUCACCUGAUUCCUGGGUGUAGCAUCCAAGAGAAAAAACAACAGUGUAUUUCUCAUCUUGCUUGAGAAGAAAUGGAAUGGCCUCGUUCGUUGUUUUGGUUAUGAAAUGUGAAAGUGAAAUAAAAGAAGGAACAAGGAA